UUUGUUGUUGUUGUUGUUGUUGUUGAGAUUUUUUGAUUACCUUUUCAAUCUUUUCUUUUGUUAUGGGUCUAUUUAGUUGUUCUACCUCUGUUUGUGUUAGUUUAGGUAGGUAGUCCGUUUCUAGAAAUUCAUCCAUUUCUUCUAGGUUUUCAAAUUUGUUAGAGUACAAUUUUUCAUAGUAAUCUGAUAUGAUUCUUUUAAUUUCAGUUGGGUCUGUUGUAAUAUUGCCCAACUCAUUUCUUAUUCAGGUUAUUUGCUUCCUCUCCUGUUUUUCUUUUGUCAAUUUGGCCAAUGAUUUAUCAAUUUUGUUGAUUUUUUCAAAGAACCAGCUUUUGGUCUACUUAAUUCUUUCAAUUUUUUUUUUCCUGUUUUCUAUUUCAUUUAGUUCUGCUCUAAUUUUUAUUAUUUGUUUUCUUCUGGUGCCUGAGGGUUUUCUUUCAUUGUAGGGAUACUUCUUUGAUUUUGGCCCUUUCUUCUUUUGGAUGUGUGCAUUUAUUGACAUAAAUUGGCCUCUGAACACUGGUUUUGCUGUGUCCCAAAGGUUCUGAUAGGAAAUGUUUUCAUUCUCAUUGGAUUCUAUGAAUUUCUUUAUUGCAUCCUUAAUGUCUUCCAUAAUCCAGUCUUUUUUGAGCAGGGUUUUGGUCAGUUUCCAAGUGUUUGAUUUCUUUUCCCUGCUUUUUCUGUUAUCGAUUUCCACUUUUUUGGCCUCAUGGUCAGAGAAAAUGCUUUGUAAUAUUUCAAUGUUUUGCUUUCUGCUAAGGCUUGCUUUAUGACCUAACAUGUGGUCUAUUCUAGAGAAUGUUCACGUGCACUAGAAAAGAAAGUAUACUUGGGUGCUGUUGGGUGGAGUGUUCUGUAUAUGUCUAUGAAGUCAAAUUGGUUGAUUGUGGCAUUUAGAUCUUCCUUGUCUUUAUUGAGCUUCUUUUGGAUCUCCUGUCCUUCACCAAAAGCCGUGUGUUGAAGUCUCCUACUAUUAUUGUGAAGCUGUCUAUCUCACUUUUCAAUGCUGAUGGAGUAUGUUUUGAGUCUCUUGCAACCCUGUCUUUGGGUGCAUAAAUAUUUAAUCUGGUUAUAUCCUCCUUGUAUAUUGUUCCUGUAGUCAUUAUACAGUGUCCUUCCUUAUCCUUUAUAAUGGUUUUAACUUUAAAGUCUAUUUUGUCAGGAAUUAAUAUUGCCACUCCUGCUCUUUUUUGAUUGUUGUUUGCGUGAUAUAUUUUUUCCCAUCCUUUCAGUUUUAGUUUGUUUGUGUCUCUAAGUCUGAGGUGUGUCUCUUGUAGGCAGCAUAUAGACGGAUCCUGUUUCUUUACCCAUUCUGCCACUGUCUGUCUCUUUACUGGUGCAUUUACAUUCAGUGUAAUUAUGGACAGGUAUGAAUUUAGUGCUAUUAUUUUGAUGUCUAUUUUUGUGUGUUGUCGACAGUUUCUUUUUCCCACUUAAUUUUUUGUGCUGAGUAGAUUAUAUAUUGUCUUUUCCUCUUAUUCUUUGACCAUUUUGUUUCUGCCGAGUCUCUAUUUUUGUCUUGUAUUUUAUUUUGAUGUGUAGGAUAGUUUGUCUCCUUUGUGGUUACCUUAUUCUUUACCCCUAUUUUUCUAAAUUUAAACCUAACCUUUAUUUCUUUGUAUCACCUUGUCUUCCUGUCCAUAUGAAAGAUCUAUGACUACAUUUCUUAGUCCCUCUUUGUUGUUUUAAUGUUGUCUUCUUUUAUGUAAUAGAAUCGCCCUUUCUCUCUUUUGAGCGUUUUUUAUCUUGGUUUAUUUUUGUGAUUUCCCUGUCAGGGUUGACUUCUGAUGGCUCUGCCCAGCAUUCUAGUCUUGGGUUGAUACCUGACAUUAUUGAUUUUCUAACCAAAGAACUCCCUUUAGUAUUUCUUGUAGUACUGGUUUGGUUUUUACAAAUUCCCUAAACUUCUGUUUAUCUGCAAACGUCCUAAUUUCACCUUCAUCUUUGAGAGACAGUUUUGCUGAAUACAUGAUUCUUGGCUGGCUAUUUUUUUCCUUCAGUUUUUUAUAUGUCAUCCCAUUGCCCUCUUGCCAGCAUGGUUUCUGCCGAGUAGUCUGAGCUUUUUUUUAUUGACUGUCCUUUGUAGGUGACACUAGCCAAUCUUAAAAUUCUCUCUUUAUCUUUGGUUUUGGCAAGUUCGAUUAUAAUAUGUUUUGGUGACUUUCUUUUAAAAUCUACCUCAAGUGAGUUCGAUGAGCAUCUUGGAUAGAUAUCUACUCAUCUUUCACCAUAUCAGAGAAGUUUUCAGCCAACAAAUCUUCAAGAAUUCUCUCUGAAUUUUCUUUUAUCCCUCCCUGUUCUGGAGCUCCAAUUACUCACAGGUUAUUUCUCUUGAUAGAGUCCCACAUGAUUCUUUUCUUCAUUUUUUAAAAUUCUUUUAUCUGAUUUUUCUUCAAAUAUAUUGGUGCCAAGUGCUUUAUCUUCAAGUUCACAAAUAUUGCUCAAUUCUUCUCCUCUGACUUUCUAUUGAAUUGUCUAAUUCUGUAAUUUUAUUGUUAAUCUUCUGAAUUUCUGAUUGCUGUCUCUCUAUGGAUUUUUCCAGCUUAUUAAAUUUUUCAUUAUGUUCUUUAAGAACUUUUUAAAUUUCUUCAAUUGUUUUAUUUGUGUGUUCUACGGCUUGUUCUGCAUUUUGCCUUAUCUUCUUCCUGAAGUCUUGAAGAGUUCCGUAUAUUAAUCUUUUGCUUUCCGCAUCUGGUAGUUCAAAGAAUACUCAUUCAUCUGGACAAUUCCGUGAUUCUUUGUUUUGAGAGCUUGUUGUGGCAAUCAUGGUCUGUUUCUUUAUGUGACUUGAUAUUGACAGUUGUCUCCAAGCCACCUAUAAGUUAUUUUAUUAGUUUGUUUUGUUUGCUUACUGUAUCAUAGCUUCUUUUUUUGUUUUGUUUUGGUAUAACCCUAUGGGUUGCUUGAAUGAGCUAGCUUGAUUAUUUUCACCUUUGGAGCUCUGACAUCCUCUCCCCAGAUGGCUAGAGCUGUUUUCAGGUAGCUUAGGUUUCCAGGUAGCUGAUCACCAAGUGUAUGGUACAGGCUCUGUCCUACAGUCUUGCAGGGGUAAGGGUGAUUGGUGUAGGUACUGGUAUCUGGUUGCAGCAAGUGGUCACACUCUGAACAAGGCAGGGGGCUGAGAAUCAUCCCCCAAGUCUCUCUGAAGAAAGCUGGUCCAUUUUUCCUGGAGUGUACAGGUGGGUGGGUUCUGCAGACAGACCAUGGGCACCCAAUGUUUUUGGUUGUAAGGACUGGGAGGUACCAGUUAUCCUUGGACCCCUGUUGCAGGUGACUGGGUGACCUGAGUGAAGCCACCAGUCCUUAUGCCCCUUAUGUGGGUUGGUGAGGACCCUGUGUAAUAGGCAAAGUGGUGUCAAACAUCAAACACCCACCUCUCCACCGCCCAGCUGAAAUAGUUGUAGUCUGCCAACAAGGGCCUAUUCUCCCGAAAUAUGCCCACAGAUGUCCAUGCAGAGAGUAAAGGUAGUCAAAGUCCAUGGACCAUUUAUGCCUGGACAGGAGCCGCUUCAGUCCUGAGCUCCCCAUGUUAGUGGAGCUGGCAAAUUAUCUUUUCCCUCAAUUUCAUAUUUAUUCCUUCUCCAGGGCCUGGAGGAUGGCUCUAGGUGCUCAACAGGACCUAUCUCGGGCCCAGGGAAUUCAGCCAUGAAGCCAUCUUGGGGGUGUGGUAGAAUAUACACAAGUACUUGGCUUUUGCUGAGAGUGACAUUCUUCUCUGGUUUCAGAGGUGUGAGCAGGCUGUGUGGCUGGCUGCUUCUCCCUGAGGAAACUGCAGCUGAACACUAGUACCAGUCCACCACAGCUGCUCCCGGGAAUGGUGCCUGAGGGCUCCUGGCCAUUCAGGUCUGGUAACUUCUCUCUGCUUCUGAAUUGUCUCUUCCUCCCCUGCCUCUCAGUUCGUUUUCUAACCUUGUCUGUGAUGUCCAGGGCUCCUAGCUUGUCAUGAAUGUACUCCUUUCACUUUUUUUCCCAGGUAUUUGUUGUAAGAGGGCUCGCCAGUUGCGUCUGUCUAUUCUGCCAUCUUGGCCCCACCUCCUCAUUUAUUUUUAUUUAUUUGUGCUUUAAAAGUGAAAGGUUACAAAUCAAGUCAGUCUCUCAUACAGGAAUUUACAUACACUUUGCUGUAUACUUCUAAUUGCUCCCCCCUUAAUAAGACGGCUCACUCCUUCCCUCCACUCUCUCUUUUAAUGUCCAUUCAGCCAGCUUCUGACCCCUUCUGCCCACUCAUCUCCCAUCCAGAUAGGAGAUGCCAACAUAAUCUCAUGUGACUCCUGAUCCAAGACACUCAUUCUUCACCAGUAUCAUUUUCUAUCCCAUCGUCCAGUCCAAUCCCUUCCUGAAGAGUUGGCUUUGGGAAUGGUUCCUAUCUUGGGCCAACAGAAGGUCUGGGGACCAUGACUACCAGGGUGCUUAAGUAUCAGUCAUACCACUAAGUCUGGUCUUUUUAUGAGAGUUUUUAGUGUGCAUCCCACUGCUCUCCUUCUCCCUCAGGGGUUCUCUGUUGUGUUCCCUGUAAGGGCAGUCACCUGUUGUAGCUGGGCACCUUAUAGUUUUUCUGGUCUCAAGCUGAUGUAGUCUCUGAUUUAUGUGGCCCUUUCUGUCUCUUGGGCUCAUAAUUACCUUGUGUUUGGUGUUCUUCAUUCUCCUUUGCUCUAGGUGAGUUGAGACCAAUCGAUGCAUCUUAGUUGGCUGCUUGCUAACGUUUAAGACCCCAGCUGCCACUCUCCAAGUUGGGAGCAGCAUCAUUAGUAAUUAAAGAAUUUCAGUUAAAACAUUAAUGACAUAAUUCUUUACAUCUAUUAGAAUAUCAUGUAGUUGGUAAGUAUGUGGAGGAACCUGAGUAUUCAUAAACUCCUACAGGGAAAUUAAAAUGGUAUAAAUACUUUAAAAAAUAAUUUCCUUUCAGCAUCAGGGUCUUCAAAAGCUAACCACAGUUUUAUCAUAAAAUUUAACCAUAUUACUCAUAUAUGUCUACCCAGGAGAAAUUACAGCAUUUUUCCUUACAAAGGCAUGUAUACAAAUGUCCAUAGCAACUUUGCAAAAGUCAAAAACUAGGAUCAACCCAACUGCUCAUCUACUUGAGGACGAAUAAGUAAAUUGCGGUAUAUUCAAGAAAAUGGAUACUACUCAACAAUAAAAACUAAUGAAUUAUUGUUACCUGCAAAUAUAUUGAUAAAAAGUACAAAUCAAUAAAUUGGACUUUGUCAAAAUUAAAACAACCCACACGUAGACAUUUAUUCCAGAGAAAUGAAAACUUAUUUUCAUACAAUAACAUUUACACAAAUUAGUAGAUAAAUGGUAACUUUGGAAAAGUGCAAGAUAGUACACAGUACUGGGGAAGUCAUGAUAAUUUGUUUAGGGCGAAGUCAUAGAAGCUUCAUAGACAUAUCCAAACCACCUGAGAGACUGAGCUACUGGGCUGAGGGGCUGGGGACCAUGGUCUCAGGGAAUAUCUAGCUCAACAGACAUAACAUAGUCUAUAGAGAAAAUAUUGUACAUCCAACUGUGGUGACGCUUGCAAGCAGGCAUCUAAAAUAUAUCUACUGGUCAUUCUGUUUGGAGCAAAGGAGAAUGAAGAGAACCAAAGGCACAAGGGGAAGAUUAGUCCGAAGGACUAAUGGACCACAUCAACCACAGCAUCCACCAGACUGAGCCCAGGACAACUAGACAGUGCCCAGUUACCACCACCAACUGCUCUGGCAGGGGUCACAAUAGAAGGUCCCAGACAGAGAGGGAGAAAAAUGUAGAACAGACUUCAAAUUCACACACACACACACACACACACACACAGAAACCUGGCUUGUUGGUCUCACAGAGACUGAAGAAACCAUAAAAGUAUGGCUCCUGGACACCUUUUAAAGUCCAACACUGAAGUCACCCCUGAGAUUCACCCUUCAGCCAAAGAUUGGACAGGUCUAUGCGGCCAAAAAUAACACACAUGAGUGACGUACUUCGUAUUGCAAUCAUAAAUACAGGACUAGUGGGCACACUUGUUCAAAAGCAAAGAAGAGAAAACAGGAUGGGACAGAAAAAUUGGACAAAUGGAAACAGAGGCUAAGGUAAAGAAAGGGAGAGUGUUGACAUAGUACAGGGUUGGCAACAAAUGUCACAAAGAACUUGUGCAUUAACUGUUUAAUGAGAAACUAAUUUGCUCUGAAAGCUUUCACCUAAAUCACAACCAAAAAAAGAAAAAAAGGUUGAUAAAAACAUUAUUUAUAAUAGCUAAAAACUGGCAGCAACCCAAAAUUUCCUUCUGUGGGUGAAUGGUUAUGUAAACUGUAAUAAAUAGAUACAUGAUACAAUACUCUACAAUAAAAUGAACAAAUUAUUAAUACACACAACAGCAUGGAUGGACCUUAGUAGAGUCAUGUGAAGUGAAAAAAGUCUAUCUCAAAAUGUUGUUGCUUUCUGCCAUUGAGUUGACUUUAACUUAUGACAACCUUAUGUAUAACAGAACAAAAUGAUGCCCAGUCCUGGGCUAUCCUCAAAAUCACUGGUAUGAUUGAGUCCACUGCUGCAGCCAAUGUGGAAAUCCAUGUCACAGAGGGCUCACAUUCUCUUUGGCCCUUUACUUCACCAAAUAUGAUGUCCUCCUCCAGAAAAUGGUCUUUCCUGAUGACAUGUCCAACGCAAGAAGAUCGGACAAUGUUCUGUUGGAGACAACAAGAUAUUUACCAUUAAAAAAUUUUUGGUUCGUUAGGUACCAUGGAGUGGAUUGUGACUCAUAGUGACCUAUAGGACAGAGUAGAAAUGCCCCAUAGGGUUGCCUAGGCUGUUAUGAAUGCAGAUGGCAAGUUCUUUUUUCUCCAGAAUGGCUUGUGGGUUAAAACUGUGAACCUUUUGGUUAGCAGUGAAUUUUUAAACAUUGCAAUACCGGUGUUCCUUCCAUUAAAGAAUAGACAAGUAAAAAAAAAUACACACAUACAUAUACAUAUCAUUACAUAUCACAAAUAAGCAAAAAAAAAAGUCACAAAUGUUUACAUUACAAAUAUUUAAAAUGGCAAAAUGCAUCAAAAAGAUUUAUAGCAUAAUACAUAUAUAUUCAUAAUAAAACAUUACACACAAAAUACCACACUUUACAAGGUGUGAUGGUUAAGGUUGUGUGUCAACUUGUCUUGGCCAUCAUUCUCAGUGGUUUGGCAGUCCAAAGAUGUUGUGAUCACUUCCAUGAUGAGGUUCGAUAUAAUGUGGUUACCUCCAUGAUAGACUCUGCUCUGAGUAGCAAGUCAGUUGAAAGGAAGUUUCCUUGGGUGUGUGGUCUGAAUUGAAUAUAAGCAGACAUUCUGGCAAGGUUCAUUUGCUAUUGCUCACUUUGGGUCCUGUAGCUGGCUCCUGUUCAUCUGACCUCUGGUUCUUGGGAAUUGAGCCAGCAGCUUGCCUUCAGUAUUGCCUGCUGAUUUGGGGAUUCUUGGAUCUUCCCAGCCAGUGAGCAAGAGCCCUGCUGUUUGACCUGUAGAUGUUGGGUCAUCCAGCCCUUGCAGCUGCAUGAAUCAGGAGAAGCCUGUAUCCUGAUCUCGGGACUUGGGAUGUUCCAGCUUCAAUAUCCCUGUGAGCCAUUUCCUUGAUGUAAAUCUCUGUAUACACAUAUUUAUAUGCUUUACUGGUUUUGCUCCUCUAGAGAACCCAGCCUAAGACACAAGUGUAUAUUGACAUGGUACAGCAUAUGUCAAGCACAGCUGAAUAUGUGUGAAGGCAAGAAAGAUGUUUUGGGAUGAGGAUUGAACAGAAUGGAAAAGCAUACAAUAUUGAGAUGUAAUAAAGGAAGCAAAAAACCUAAACAGACAGAUGAUGGCAAUUGAUCAUCAAAUGAGAAGCAAGGGUAACAUUUCUGUUCUUUAGGUCAAAACAAAAUUAACAAACAAAAAAUAACUUGAAAAUAGCAAUAACAGCAACAAUAAUAAAAAUAGUAAGAGCAAACUAGGAAGUGAUACCUCACAUAUGCACAAUGCAAUAGUUUUAUUCCAUUUAAGUCUUUUAAAUAAUGUGAUAAGACAGUGUUUAAGCACUUCUUCGUUUUGUCAUCCGUUUGAAGAAACCACUGUAGAAAUAGAGAAUGUUGAUAGGUCUGUUAUACAGAUACGAUAUUUUAAUCCCGAUCCCCAUGUGGUAAAAAUGGAACGUUAACAAAGAGUAAAACAAAGGACUAUAUGAAACAGAUAAACAUAGACAUGCAUACACACUCUAUGAGUAAAAAUUUGGUCACUGGUGAAUACAAAAUAUACUGGACAAUUAACAAACGAAGGCCAGGUAUUUUGUUAAGCUUUCAAAUGCCUCAGGAACAAUCAGCAAAUUGUUUGGCAUCUCCUCAGGGAGGAUCUCCAUGGGUAAAAAAAAAAAAAAAAUCCAUAAAUUCUUCUCCCUCUGCCGUUUUAAGAAACACUUGGGAGAGGAGUCAAGACAGAGGCUUCAUUGCAGGUAAAAAGACUGUUUCCGUAUUUUACCAGUAUCCAGAAUGUUUCAUUGACCCUUGCAGGGUCCCACCUUUAUCCAAUGGCAAAGUCAUUGCAAAAUAUUAGGAUUUCUGAUUCAGUUCUGUGUGCGUUAUACUUUUCAAUAGUGCCUGAAGCUAGGAUCUCUCUCCAAUUUUUUGACAUAAUUUUUUUUUCAAAUCUUCACACUCUAUUUCAGAGGCUAAAUGCUAAGAAGCAUUUUGAAACAUUAUCAUUCCAUGUCUAAAUAUUUUUACUUCAUAUAAGUAGUUAUCUGAAUAAAGUUAACAGAAAAAAACAAAGUCCUGGAGUCAGUUUUGCCUCAUAACUGCCCCCUGGGUAUCAGAGACCCGUGCUCCACAGGUUUUUCAAUGGCUGUGACCUUCCAGAAGUAGAUCUUUCUUUCUUCAAGGUGCCUCUGAGUGGACUCGACCCACCAGCCUUUCAGUCUGUAGCUGAGUGCUUAAGUGUUUUUGCCACCCAGGUGGCCUAAUUAUGUGAAUAAUAGAGCUCCAAUAUGAAAGUAAAGGAAGCAUAUACAGUAUUAAAAAUACUGCAGCAGAAUUAUGAAGCUGCAGGUAUUCAGUUUCUAGCAUUGGUGUUCUUCAAAAUCCUCAGUUAUAAGCUGCCUCUAGGCUCUUAUGUACCUCUCAAGUGUAAUUUAAUAUUUAAUGCAUAUUUAGAUAACAGUACAAAUGUCCAUUUUUCCUAAUCUCUUGAUGAAGAAACAAAUAAAUUUCCAUCUCACACCUCGUGUUGAGAAGUGAAAAGCAAUUUUUGGAGUUUAGGAAACUUUUAAUUACCUAGUUUUUUUUUUUAUGGUGAUAGUAUAAUAUAUACCAUAUUCUUCAAUUUCCAGUAGAAUCUGGCAGGAAGAAGACAUAAUUUUUUCAAAGAGCAUAGCUGUGUAAAAUGAAUUAAAUGCUCAACAAAUACAGUAAACUAUGGAAAAUAAUUUGGUGCUCUCCGUGGAACUCCAAAGCCGAUGGGAGGAAGUCCUCUUAUCUCCUCUUAACUUAUAGGAAAAGCAGCACUUACCAAUAUAAGUAUUUUUGUUCUUCAGCCUUUCAUCAUUGCAACUCGACAAGAUUUACAUUGCUUUUAUUGUAUUCAUUGAAGAUAGUUGAUUUCCUAAUUAUAAUAUCUACUAAUACCCAAUUCAGUACCUCUUAAAAAAAAUUUUUAGUGUGCUUUAAGUGAAAGUUUACACAGCAAAUUAAUUUUCCAAUCAGAAACUCUUACCAAAAACUGUGUCCGCACUCUUCUCAUUUCCUUCCUGGCUCCCUGUUUCCAUUAGUCAGGUUUCCCUGUCCCUCCCUGACUACUUGCCCUUUUGGUCUCCUGUAGUUGAUCGAAGUUAUUGUUUAGCAGCCCCGUCUGUUAUUGGCCUGAAAGGUGGCCACCAGGGGUGUCUGUAGUUUCACAUUAGAAGAUUGUCUUAAGAAAAUAGUCUCAGGGGUUUCUCCAGCCUCUUUCAAACAAGUAAAUCUGGUCUUUUUUGUUUAUUUAUUUUUGAAUUUGAAUUUUUUUUUUACAUUUUUUCCCCCAUUUUGCUCCAGGCUUUCUAUUGUGAUCCUGGUCAGAGUGGUACCAUCUAGUCCUUCUGGUCUCAGGUUAGAGGAGGCUGUGGUUCAUGUGGGCCAUAUGUCCUUUGGACUAAUUACUUCCUUUAGUCUUUGGUUUUCUUCGUUCUCCUUUGUUCUAGGUGGAAAGAGGCCAAUAGUUUUUUUUUUUUUUUCUGACAUAAGCAAUGUGUGUACAGGGUCACAACCUUGUAAGCAAUGUUUUAAAUGAGAUAGUGUAUUUCCUGUGCAACCAUUUUAUUAUUUAAUAUGAUACUAUUGUAUUUUUCUAUUUGUUUGGUUAUUCUUGAUUCAGAGGCUGCUGGUAGUGCUAUUUUCAUGUAAGUAGUAUCAUUUCAAACCUUUCGUUCUUUUACCUUAAACUGCCAUCCUCAUCCUUCUCUGGCAUUUUUUUUUUUUAAUCUGUGGCUUAUUAGGGAUACAUAUAUACAUUUUAAUUUAAAUAUACAUGUGUUUAUAUGCAUUAUGUACUAUAUAAUAGCUUAAACUAGAGGAUUUCUUUAUCCAAAUGGAAUUUUUAAAUGAAAUUUUGUUAUAUAAAAUCAGUGACAUGGACCUUACUUUCUCCCAAUUUGUUCAAAUUUUCUCUCACUGUCUUAGAUUCUUCCAUGAGAAACUAUAUCUCAUUUGUUACAAACAAUUUAGUAUAUUAGUUAUAAUGAAAAUGCUCCUAGGUUAGGACAUAUUUUAAGUAAAUUUAUAUUCAAAUGCACUGCUGACUCAAAAGUGACCCCAUAGCUGUAAAUAGGCUAUAAAUCUCUAUGGAAGCAGACUGCCACAUCUUUCUCCCAUGGAGCCACUGGUGGUUUUGAACCGCUGACCUUUAGGUUAGCAGUCCAUCAACUUAUAUUAAAAUGUAUUAAGAAGAUGUAUCAUCCAGAAGAUUGGCACAUCGAUGGUCCAAUUUUAGUCAUGGAGUUGAGGAUGCAGGAGGGAAGGGCUGGGCUCAGUUACAUGGAUAACAAACUACUCAACCUACUUAUCAUCAUAACCCUGACAUAGAAGCUAGAUCACAGUAGGAGAAUUUGCAUAUGCAUAUGUAAAGAAAACACCUUUCAGGUAACUUACUGUCAUCAUUUGUCAUUUAAAAAAAAAAACAUCACUAUAUACUUGAUAUUUGAGACUUAUGUCCUGAUAUCUUAAAUGCAUUGAAACAUUUAAUCCUCAUUUUUUUUUCCAGCAACACUGAAGGGAAGUGGUCAUUUUGCACUUGUGAAUAAAGAAAUUAAGGUAUCUUUUUUUUUUUUUAUUCUAUAACCCACAAAGCCAAAACCAAACCCAUUGCCACUGAGUUGAUUCCAACUCAUAGUGACCCUAUAGGACAGAGUAAAACUGCCCCAAAGAGUUUCCAAAGAGUACCUGGUGGAUUUGAACUGCCGCUCUUUUGGUUAGCAGUCGUAGCACUUGACCACUAUGCCACAAACUUUUCUAUUACCCACAAGCUGAGGUAUAAAAAAGACUAUAUCUGUAUGGGUCUACCACCUGGAAUAAUUUCCUGUAUAAAGACAGACUAUCCCCACCACGAUCUAUUAGAUUUUCCUUGUGUUCAAUACUUGUCAAGUAUGUUGUUUCCGACUGUACCACCUGUGGCACAAGGGCUUUUACAGGACUAUGUUUUGAAGUAAGGGAUACUAAAUGUUUCCACACAUUCUGGGAAUUUGCAUUUUGAAAUGUUUUUAAUGAAGUUAACAUACAUAUUAUAAUUUUAUACAUGUCAUUAUGUAAUUGUCAGUAUUGUAAAUGAAAAAAGAAAGUUUUGUAACCACCCAUAUACCUAACACAUCUAAAAUUUUUUACUUUUUUUAUUUUUGCUUCAUAUAUCUAUAUGUAAAAAAAGAAAACCUGUUGCCAUCGAGUUGAUUCUGACUCAUAGAGACCUUAUAGGACAGAGUAGAACUGCCCAAUAGGUUUUCUAAGGAGCAGCUAGUAGAUUCAAAAAGCUGACUUUGUGGUUAUCAGCCAAGCUCUUAACCACUGCUCCACCAGGAAUCCCAUCAAGGUAUAUGUAUAUGUACAUCUACAUCUACGUGUACACGUACACAUAUGCCUUCACCUACAUCUUUAUCUGUGUCUAUCUCUAUCUCUAUGUCUGUAUCAGGGCUUUUCAACUUCCGCCAUAGUGACAUUUUGGACUGGAAAUUUUGUUAUUGUGUGGGGUUACUCUGUAUAUAGUAGAAUUUUUAAUAACAUCCCAGGCCUCCAUUAGAUACCAGUAGUACCCUUCUCCUAGUACUGACACCCAAAAUGUCCUAGGCAUUGACAAAUGUUCCAUGGGCAGCAAAUUUUCCUCAAUUGAUAACAAGUUAGAUUUUUCUUUCUUUCCCUCUAUCUUUUUUUCUUUCUUCAUGUACCUAUACUUUACUUGUGGGAGGCGGGUUUACUUUCAAAAACCUGUAUUGGAAGUUUGGAUUUAUCUUAUUCAUUUAGCAUAUUGCCUUUGUAUACUAAAAAUCUACCAGAUGAUGCUACAUAAAACCGAUUGACUACGCUGAUAUCUCUAUCCAGAACAGGUUUCCUGAUAGACCAAGAUGGAAAAGCAAAAUCUAACAAUGCUAAAUGAAUUCCUUCUGAUGGGAAUCACAGAUCACCCUGGGCUCCAGGCUCCGUUGUUCGGGCUGUUCCUCAUCAUCUACACGAUCUCAGUGGUGGGCAACUCAGGCAUGAUCAUCCUCACCAAGACAGACUCCAAGCUACAAACACCCAUGUACUUUUUUCUCAGACACCUGGCUAUCACUGAUCUUGGUUAUUCAACAGCUGUGGGACCCAAAAUGCUAGUCAAUUUUAUUGUGGAUGAAAACACUAUCUCCUAUUAUUUUUGUGCUACACAGCUAGCUUUCUUUAUUGUGUUCAUAACUAGUGAACUUUUUCUUCUGUCAGCAAUGUCUUAUGACCGCUUUGUGGCUAUCUGUAACCCUCUGCUCUACACAGUCAUCAUGUCACAAAGGACUUGUUGGGUGCUGGUGGCAAUACCCUAUCUCUACAGCACAUUUGUUUCUCUUCUGGUCACCAUAAAGAUUUUUAAUUUAUCCUUCUGCGGCUACAAUAUCAUCAAUCAUUUCUACUGUGACAAUCUCUUCUUGUUAUCCUUGCUCUGCUCAAACACACAUGAAAUUGAAUUGAUCAAUCUCAUCUUAGCAUCUUUUGAUUUGAUUUCAUCUCUUCUAACAGUUCUUGUUUCUUACCUACUCGUUUUUGUAGCCAUUCUCAGGAUGAAGUCAGCUGAGGGCAGGCACAAGGCUUUCUCCACCUGUGGAUCCCAUCUGACAGUGGUGGUAGUGUUCUAUGGGACUUUAAUCUUUAUGUACAUGCAGCCCAAGUCCAGUCAUUCCUUUGACACUGAUAAAGUGGCUUCCAUAUUUUACACCCUGGUUAUCCCCAUGUUGAAUCCCUUGAUUUAUAGCUUGAGGAACAAAGAUGUAAAAUGUGCCCUACAUAGGACAUGGAAAAAAAUACGCAAUGUAUUUUCUAGAGUUUGAUGCAGCAUAUGAUUCCUACAAAUUACACCAUGAACUCAAACCUUGUCUGUGUGCCUCCAUAGGGAACAGUGAGCACAAAUAUAUUCAACAUAUAUUUAUAAAUUGCCUUCUACAUGCUAGUCACUCUUCUAAGUGCAUUGAUGAACAAAAGAGUACAAACUGGUACCUUUCUUGAAGGAAAGAGAUGGAUCACAAACAAUAAUUAAGAACAAUCUAUAGUACAGUAGAAUGUGUUAGGACCCUUGUGGUGCAGCAGUUAAAUUGCUUGACUGCUAACUGGAACGUCAGUGUUUCAAAAAACCAGUUGCUUCUUGGGAGAAAAUUGAAGCAAUCUGCUUCCAUAAAGAUUUUCAGCCUUGGAAACCCUAUGGGACAGUUCUAUUCUGUCCUAUAAUGUUGCUAUGAGUCAUAAUUGACUCAACAGCAGUGCAUUUGGUUUUUUUGAUAAUGUGUUAAAAAAUACCAAACCCAUUGUCCUUGAGUCGAUUACUACUCACAGCAACCCUGUAAGACAGAGUAGAACUGCCCCAUAGGGUUUUCAAGGAGUGGGCAGUGGAUUUGAAUUGCCGACCUUUUGGUUAGCAGCCAAGCUCUUAACCACUGCACCACUAGGGCUCCAGGAGAAUGUGUUGGGAAUCAUGAAAUUAGGCAAGGAGAGUGGAUAUGCUGAGUGGAAGUGGGAAAAAGUACUAGGUACAAAAGUGGAGAUACAAAGAUUCUGGUGUUUUUUUUUUUCAAUUAUUAAACUUUUCAGUGUCAGCACUUGUGUUUAUGUAUGUGUGUGUGUUUGUAAGCCUUUGCCUUCUGUUUUAGUCUUCAAAGUCUUCUGAAGGCUGCAUUAGAUCAGGGCCAGGUUGCGAGGAG